ACAUGGUUAGGUAGCUACAGACCCACCUUUACAUAGGGAGUCACACAACAGCUGACUGCCAAAAUAUGUUGGAGCUAACGUUGACAGUUGUGUGCAUUUUCUGGGUUACUUUGAUCACCUGUACAGGUGCGUCAGACUGGUCCUACCAUGGAGACAGGGGUACACACAAAUGGGACAAGCUGUUUCCAGGAGCGUGUGCUGGAAGAAAACAGUCUCCUAUAGACAUCAUAACCCGGAAAACCGAGUACAACUCUAAAUUGACUGACUUUGCUCUGUUUCACGACCCCCCUAAACCUGGGUCACACUUCAAUAUACUCAACAAUGGCCAUGCUGUACAGGUUAACCUUUUUGGGCCGUUCUUUGUGACUAAUGGUGGUCUACCCUCUGUCUACUCCACGGCCCAAUUCCACUUCCACUGGGGCCAUGCAAACCACCAUGGAUCAGAGCAUUUCAUCAAUGGCCGAGCAAGCCCUAUUGAGUUACAUGUAGUGAACUACGAUAAAGACAAUUAUGACACUAUAGCCGACGCCAUGGUGAAGCCUCAGGGUUUAGCAGUACUCGGAGUUAUGUUUGAGAUCACGGAGAGAGACAAUCCUGUCCUGGCACCCAUCGUAGAGGCGUUGGACAUGAUCCAGGAUCCAGACAUCAAUAUGGAGGUAGAGAUUCCAGCCAUAAGGAUGCGGGACUUUUUGCCAGAGGACACAAGUAAAUACUACCGAUACAAUGGCUCACUUACCACACCUGGGUGCUUCGAGAGUGUCAUCUGGACUAUAUUUGAGGAGAAACAGACAAUCUCAUUUAGACAGCUUUCGAAAUUUAGAAAAGUUUUACAAAAGAAACACAGGAAGAAUGGUCAUUCUAGGCGGAAUCGACGACACAUGAAGCGAGGCUCGGCAGCGGCCCUUGAUGAGGUUGGAAUCAAGGGCAACAUAGCUCAGGAGCUGGAACUGGAGGCUGCAUUAAAACGAGAAUUAACAGAUACACACGCUCCUGAACCUGAUCACCAGGAUCCAGUUGGUCACGCCAAAAUUGGAGAAACACCUACAAAAUUUCAGUUAUAUGAUGAAGAGGUUCCAAAACAAGCCCAGAUUGAAGAUAUCCCUGAGACAAAACCCACCGCUGGACUAGACCACGAAAAUCACGAAAAUCACGAGGGUCACGAGGAUCACAAAGGUCAUGAAGGCUACCAUGAGGAACCCACACCAGAGCCAAAACCACGUCACCAUGGAGACCAUACCAGUCACCAUAGAAACACUGCUGGAGCAGAAAUUGAGGUGGAAGAAGUCGAAAUUAUCCAAGAAUACCUUGUGAACAACUUCAGGCCAGUUCAGCCUCUCAAUGGUCGUGGAAUUCAACGCAGUUUUGAAUUCCAGGAUAUAAGAGUUCGAUCUCAGUCUGGAUCUACACAUUCACGGGAUUAUAACAGUUACCAUGUACACAAUGCUGGAAACCAAUUAUACAUAUCAUAUAUCGCCAUCUUCAUGUCAGCCAUAUUGUCCAUGUUCCUAUAGAGAUCUAAUAGUGUGUAUAACAGAUGUAAUUAGUGUGAAUGAUACUGUAGAGAUACAUAUUUAUACAGCUUUGUUGACUUCAGCAGCAAGUAACCAAAUCAUAUAUCAAAAUGUUUGGUGAGGCAUCUUGGGGAAAAGUUGUUUUAUUAAAUAAAUUGUGAGAAUUAAUUAGGAAUUGAAAGCCACUGCUACAGAUGAUAUAUCUAUUUGAAGUUAAAAAUACCUAAUUAUAUUACAUAUAAUAAUACCCUAUAAAUAGAGGACAAUUGAAUCAAAAAAUAGAAUACUCGACAAGAUUUUAAUACUUUUUAACAUUUAUAGGGAUAUAUGACUGUACUGUUAAUGUGUUUCCCACGGAAUUGUGUUAGGGAAUACUGACUAAAAUUCCUACCGACAUUUGUGAUGGACAUGAUGUAUAUACCAUAGUGAUAUUAUGGUAUGAUACAUGGACAUGAUAUUUCUUAUGGCAGUUAGACAUGACAAGACUAAUAAUGUAUAAUGCUGUGGAUUCACCUCCCCAAAAUAUUCAUUAUAAACUGAACAAGAAAACUGGAAUAUUUAUACAUUCAUCAACAUUGUGAAGUUUAUCAUUAUACUGAGUCUUACAGAAGGUUCAUCCUUGCACCCUCAUUUCAUAAAAUCUGAAAAUAAAGGACUUUUCAUCAUUAUGACAAUUAAGCCUUUGGCAAGCUUAGCAAAAAUGAAACUUCUCAACAAGUUUUGUUAAUGUCAAUGACAUCAAAAUAAAAAAGCCAAGAUCAUUUUUAUAUGUUAUAACCAAGAAUUUGUUACAUUGUGAAAAAUAAAUUUCUUUUUAAGAUAUUA